CCGCCUUGCAUUGAUCGGUUGAUUCGGUUCUCCAAAGCUUAAACCCUAAGACAGAGUCCUAAACCCUAAAAGGAAACCAUAAGAAAUGAAGCGAGCUCUGGUAAGAAAUGCCUCUCUCUUCGCUCGCAAUGUUCUUCUUUCUCAUUCCAGCUACAACCGAAAUCCGAGUGUCUCCAUCGCCCCUUUGGCAGCUUCGAAUCGGCCCCGACUCGGACUCGAGGCCGACUCGUCCAAUGAAUCGGAUUUGAUCCUAACCCGGAAGAAUCUUUCUUCCAUUUGUGCUGAAGAUGUUAGUGAUCAAGAGCUUAAAAGGCGCAUAGAGAAGUUCUAUGCAGGAGAUGCACAAGCGGUACCCUCAAUCUUUGAAGCGAUUUUGAAGAGGAAAUUGGCAGGUAGGCAUGAUGAGGCUGACAAUAAGUUGAUGGAACAAAUUUGUGGGAAGAGGCGGCAGCCUCUGGAUGAUAUGGAUGAUGAAAAGUUUGACACUGAUGAAGAGUUUAACUCGGAUGAAGAGUUUGGCUUUGAUUUGGAUGAAUCAUCCAGUGAAACUGAUGAAGAUUUUGAUGCAAAAGAAAGUGACGUGAAGAGAAGGGUUAGGGAUGAGUAAUAUGCAUGGUGCAAGAGAUGCUAUGAUUGGUGCUUUUUCUCUCUCAAGCAUAUGCUUUGACCAUGUUGUAAAAUUCAAUAUGAGCAUGUAGGCUUGGUUUCUUUUUUAAUAAGCUUGAGCAGAAGGACUUGCUAUUAUAAUAAUUGCAAUUUGUCUGUUUGCACCUAUGCACUUUAUAUUGCUAAUUAAUUCAGAAGAGAAAACUUUUCUUUCU